CUUUCAAGGUCAAAAAGUUAGAUUUUUCUAAACAGUUAAAACAAUUUAUAUUGAAACCUAAAAAAUGUGAAGAAUUUGGAAAAUCAUUUGUACUUGAAAUUUUAAUGUCACGCGCUAGUUUAUCCUCCCGUAAGAAGACAUUAGAAAGUCCUAAGUCUUUACAACAAUAUUAUGAAGCAAUGCCAAAAUGUUUAACAAGCUUCUUUGAUGGUCUGGUUCUUACUUUGCAACUUAAAAAUCAUAAGAUAGUAAAACGAAAACAAGAAGAACACAAAAAAACAGUAACUGAGCUAAACAAGAGUGAAAUAGUGAAAACUUUACAUGCAGAAUUUGUAACUGAUAAUUGUAUAAGUAAAACCACAAAUGCAGAAAUUGAUCACAAAAAAGCAUUACAGAAGCUAGUAAAUAUACUCUCUGAAGCUAUUGAAUGUAAUGAACCUGAAAAACAUCCACUCUUUGAGAUUUCUAAUCAACUAACACCUAAAGGAUAUGAAAUUUCAGACAUUAUUAAACAAGACAUUUUGAAAGUGGAAAAACGUAUUGCAAAAGGCCGAACAAAAAAGGAUUUGGUACCUUUGCUUCUUGGAAAAAAAGCUGCUUCAAGUAAAAAAAAGCAAAGCAUGGAAGAUAUAUCAUCAUAG